AUGGAGGGCAAAGGUGUUAUGAGUGAAGCAGAAACAAGCAUGACAGGUACAAGAGGGGGCACUGGAGCUUGGGCACUGGUGGUAGGUGCUGCGACAAAUGCAUUCGGGCUAACUGUCAGGAAUGAACUACGUGCAGAGACAGGGGCUGGACAAGUGGUGAGAGAUGAUGGUGAUAGUGCUACUCUUCAUCCACGACGACGCAAGUAUCGUCGUAAAAUGUCUACUAAUGAUGGCGGGGUUAAGGUUUCUUGUACCUUCUCCCAUUUGUCGGAUCCUUCAUUAUUUUUCAUUGGCGUCGGGGUGUUUGUAGCCUAA